AUGCUCCGUAAGUGUGUCGGAGAUACUACUAGAAUCAUAACUGUAGAUGAUGUUCAAGUUACAGAGAAGUUGGUUUAUGAAGAGGUAUCCACUGCCAUACUAGAUAGUGAGAAAAUGGAAAUAGAAAAGGAUGUCAAUGUUUCUACUGGAACGGAGACUGUUGCGGCGAUGACAGUUGCAUCUUCAAGUCGUUCAACUACUGCAUAUGUAAUGAGACCGGUAGAGAAACCAGGAAAAUUUUCUGGAAUUAACUUCAAAGGUUGGCAGCAAAUAAUGUUUUUUUGGUUGACCACUCUUGGUAUGCAAAAGUUCACAAACGAAGAUCCUCCUGUUCCUGAAGAAGGAAUGCCAGAAAAUCAGCGCUUCAUGGUUAUUGAGGCUUGGAAGCAUUCGGAUUUCUUGUGCAAGGGUUACAUCCUUAGUGCUUUAGAGGAUGACCUAUAUAAUGUCUAUAGUUCUGCGAAGACUUCGAAAGAAUUGUGGAUUGUACUUGAAAAGAAGUAUAAAACUGAAGACGCAUGCUUGAAAAAAUUUGUAGUUGCCAAGUUUCUAGACUAUAAAAUGAUGGACAGUAAAACCGUUGGAACCCAAUGGAGAGAUUUCAAGAACUACCUGAAACAUAAACACCAAGAAAUGACGCUGGAAAAUCUUGUGAUACGUUUGAAGAACGAGGAGGACAACAAAGUCGCCGAAAAGAAAUCGCGUGGAAACUCAGCGAUUAUAGGAGCAAACAUCAUUGAAGAAGCUGCUCCAAAUAAUAAGAAAAAGAAGAAGCCGUCUAGGCAAAAAAAGGAGCAGAACAAGAAAAAAUUCAAAGGCCCUAAGAAAAAUAAGAAAAAAGAUCAGGAAAACGUUGUGGGAAAGAAUGAUGAAAUUGAUGAUCUAUGUGCUAUGCUCACGGAAUGCAAUUUAGUUGGAAAUCCAAAGGUGUGGUGGAUUGACUCUGGAGCCACUCGACAUGUUUGUACUAUUAAAGAAGCAUUUGCUACGUAUGCUCCCACGGGACCCGCAGAAGAGCUUUCCAUGGGAAAUGCUGCAACAACCAAGGUUGAAGGAUAUGAGAAGAUAUUCAUGAAGAUGACUUUUGGCAAGGUGUUGACCCUCAACAACAUCCUUCUUGUUCCUACAAUUACGAAGAACUUAGUCUCAACUUCACUAUUAGUCAAGAAUGGUUUCAAAUGUGUUUUUGUUUCUGAUAAGGCUGUUGUUAGCAAAAAUGAUAUGUAUGUUGGAAAGGGUUACCUCACAGAGUGCCUUUUCAAACUUAAUGUAAUGAUUGUUGACAAUAUUAAUAAAAUUUCAGCUUCAUCUUAUUUAUUGGAGUCAAAUGAUUUAUGA